CAAGAAUGAGCUGGCAUAAUUCGUUGUGCUCAUUAUUUCGAAACAAUCGUUUUUUCAAAUUUGAUGUACCUUACAAUGGUGCCGUUUGCCUUGUUUCUGAUUAUUAAUCGUCGUGAUUGCGGUGUAAUUCGUCAAUAUUGUUUCUUUAAAUGAUUUUCCUAACCUGAGUUAUUAUGGUUCAUAACCUAAUUAAUACUCAUAACAUAUUGUUGUGUAGUUCUACUGUGAAACGAAAUCAGUCGUUUUGUGUGUCUAUAUACAUAUCUAUAAUAUAAUGCAACAAGUCAUGUGUACUUAAUAUAAUCAAAAUUUACUUGUUUAAAUGUUUUUUCCCAUUUGGCCAUUAGAAAAACAAACAAACAAGAUUUUUAUAGACACAUAUGUAGGAAUAAUAAAAAAUAAUUGGAAUAAACUGCGCAUGUGAAAGUAACAUUAAAAUAGCUUAGCAAAAGCUGUUUUCCAAACAAAAAUAAAAGAAAAACAUCAUAGAUCAUACAAAAUUUAGGCAUUGCUGCGGUGCAGAAGGGCUCUAUGUGCUCCACAUCAGCUUCAGCAAAUGAUACUUUAGUUUUCAAGAAUAUUGUAUCACAGCAUCAAAGGAGAAUUUCAUCUGCAAAUUAUAAACUUGGUACACGACAAAGACAACAUGCGCAACGAGAUUACUGCAGCAGUACUAUUCUUAGUACAGCUGAUAGAAAAAAACGAAAAAUUUAGUCCUGAUCAAUUGGAAUGUUUUAAACGACGUUUGGUGGAAUUGUUGACGGAACGUUUUAAAAAUCAUUGGUUUCCUGACAAGCCAUUCAAAGGCCAAGGUUAUCGUUGUAUUCGUGUAAAUGGUCAUAAUCGGAGGGAUGCAACUUUGGAGAGUGCUGCCAAUGCUGCUGGAGUAAAAUACGAAGAUCUAUCAUUACCAGUAGAAUUAACGCUUUGGGUUGAUCCCAAUGAAGUUUGCUGCCGAUUUGGAGAGAGCAAAGGGUCAUAUUGUACAUUGGCAUCAUUUGACGAUAAGGAAAAUACUGUACCAAUUUUUCAAGGAAAUGAAGGAUUAGAAAAGGAAAAUAAACAAUCUGAGGGGCCGACUAAGAUACAGAAAUCCCCUUUGACUAGUAAUACAGAUCAGCAACAAAAAUCAAAACCACUAAGCUCUGCUAAUCAAAAUCAACAGCAUAGCAAUAAUGGUACAGGUAGGAAACGCAAUCUAAACAGCCCGAGAUUGCACCUAAAUAGAAACCGUUCCUGGUUUGGUCACUCCUUCAGUAUGGGCUAUGGUCCUCAUCCAAUAAGUCAACCAUGGUAUAACAUUAUGCCUCCUCAUUUUUUGGGUGGUCCAUCUCCACCUCCUUUUAUGGGUCACAGAGGAAACAAAUGGAUUCAUCCACCAUCCUACCCUACAGGACCUACCCGGUUCCAUCAUUGGUCUCCCAAAGCUGCUCUUAAAGUAUAAAGAAUCCCUCCUUAUGAAAGUAGUUAAGAAAUCUGUUCCUUUUUAUAAAUAAGAUUACAACAUUUUUUUACCAAUUUAAAAAUUUUAUGUUUUGAUGUAAAACUACAUGACAUUUAUAGCAAUUCUAAAAAUAUAUUGUUAUUAGUAAGACUAUUAUUUACAUUUCAAUAUGAACGUCUUUGUAUUAGGAACAGGUUUAUUAACAUUUCAAUGACGAGAAUUAUCCAUUCUGUAAUUACAAAUGACCUUGUUCGAAUUACGACUAAGGCUUACGAUUUUUUAUGAUGAGAAAUGUUGCAUUAUUACAUGUUAUACAUAAAUAAUUAAUUGAAUGAUAGAUGUUUAAUUCCGGAUGCAAGGUUGCUUGUAAAAGAUUAGAUUAGGCAGAAUUUAAUUAUAAUGAAUUAAGUCAUUGGUGUGUAAGACGUAAAAAAGAUAAAUGUCAUAUCACUUGUGGCACUCUUUCUGAUUAAUCCUCGAAAAAAGGAUUUAGUAGGAGAUAGAUUGUAGGUAUUUCGAGAGGAAGCAGUAUUGAUUUUAAGUGAAUUUCUUAAAUUGAAUACAAUUCUUCUUUAAAUUAUAUGUAAUAAAUUUUAAUGCCUUAUACAGGCGAUCUCAGUUCAUUAAAUAACAUUUCAUAUUUGAAAUUCUGUCAUGUAAUAGAGAUAAAGAGUUUCAAAGGAAAUUCUUUUCUGUCAUGUGUAUAUAUGUAGUGUAUUCACGAUAACUGGAGCUUCAAAGUUCGCCUUAUUUUUCAGUAUUGUUAUAGCAAAGAAAAAAUAGAGAAUUUAGAAAAUAUGAUCUAUCAACUUGUUAAGAUAGUAAUACUCUAUAACAAUAUUGACAAAACAUGUAAGCUUUGAAAUUCUAGUAACACUGAUUUGAGAAUGACGUUUGACAAGUUCAAAUCAACUUUUACUGUAUAUUAUUAUAUUGCGUUAACAAACAGAGAGAAACAAUGUCGCUUCAGAAUUUGCAGGUCUGCGGUGCAAAGAAAUUUAGUAUAUUUUCGCUUUAAAGGCACAUCAUACCUGUUAUAUAAUACAUACUGCCUCCAGUAGAGAUUCUAUUAAUAAUCAUUUAUGUUAGAAGAUUAUUAACAAGUGCAUGAAUUUCAUAAUUAACGUACACUUACAAAAAUGAUGAUUUAUUUUAAUCAUGCUCUACAUGAAAAUAUAUUGAGCUUAUUGCUUUUAAGUAAAACUACUAAAACUUAGCAUUUAAGAAUAUACAUCAUCGAUGUUAGUAGAUCUAUAGCUUAUCACAGUUGGAACUUUAAUUCUAUCAUACUAAUGCAAAUGUGUACAUUCAAUUCAAUUCUUGUAUAUUGUAGACAAUUGAUAACAUCAUAGUAAUUUAUGCUCUUGCUUUGUUAACAACAUAAAUAUAUGUUUGAUUCAUAUUUGGGAAUUAUCUAUGUAUGAAGGACUCAAAAACCAAAUCAAAUAAAUAAGCCUCCUAAUUAUUACUUCAUACAGUAUUUUGAGUGUUACAAUAGUUUACUAUUUUUGCAUCUCGCUGUUUACCUACAAUUGUUUCAUUCAGAUAUAUUUGUGUAAAUGUACAUAUUACUAUAUUUAUAGAUGUAACAAAAUAAUAUUCUUUAAUUUUUAUAUUUAAACACUACUAGUGUUUGGUUUUUGAACCUUUCACACAUACGCGAACGUUUUAAUAUCAUACAUAUUUAAAGUAUGCAAUUUUGUUCAAUUUAUGUUGUAACAUAGAGUUAUUCAUAAAGGUAACUUUCACUUUAUUUAUGCAAUUUUAAUGUGAGAAUUACUUUUAAGAGUGAAUUAACAUUGUAUGUAAAAUGCAGUAUGCAGUGUAUUUUAUUAGUACAUUAAUUUAUAUGGUUAAAUCAUUUUAUGAACUUUUCGUUUAUAUUCUAAAACACAAAAUUGACGGAAAUGUGAAAAAUUUAAAUCAGAUAGGAUAGGUAUUAUUAUCCACUACAUAAUAUAAAUCUAUUUGAUGACACAAAUUUGAAUAUUGUUGCUAGAUACAUUUAGUGCUCUUAGAUAAAUUUCUAAAGAUAUAACCAGAUACAACAUGAAUAUUAUUGAGCAGACUGUGUUAAGGAAUUUUAAUCAAAUAUGUAGUAUAAAUUUUGCAACUUUCAUGUUCAACAUUUAGCAUUGUUUAAUAUAUGCAUGAAAUUUGCUGUAUUGUAGGUGAUUCUUGUGUUCAAUUUGUUAAAACUUAUUCAGAAGAGUCAUUUUGUUGUUAUGAAAGGUAUAAAAAUUCUAUAUAGAUAUUAUAAUGUAUAUGUAGAGUUAAGCAAUGUUGCAUUCGGACAUAUUCUUUUAUUAAUAUAUAUGAUGCUCAACAUUUGAAAUGUUCCAAACUUUUUAAUUGUGUUCAUAUAUUAAAAAAAAAAAAAGAAAAGAUACACUUUAUGCUCCAUACAAUAAACAUAUUCAAAUAAUAGAAAAUAUUCAGAAACAAUUUUUUGAUAAAAAAUCUAUAUUCAACUAACAUGUGAUAAAACACGUAGUAUUAAUGUACAUUUGCAUUCUUGACAAGAAAAAAAAAAUUACAAAGAUUUUAGGCAAAAAAAUAUUCCCUUUUAUAUAAAAAAUUCUUUUAUAUCUGUAUCUUCUUAAGUAAAUACAUUAUAGCUAGGCAUUAACAUUGACAAGUGAAUAUAGUGCUUUGGCGUAAAAAAUUGAAGUUCUUCAGAUUGUUAAAAAAAAAAAAAAAAACAAAAGAAAUUUACACAAUAUUAAAGAAAAAAUCGAAGAUUUCAAUUUGAAAUACUUUUUUUUUGUAUAUUCAAUACCUAGAGAAAAAUUUUAACAUUUCAUUGUUGUACAUUCUAUUAUCGUCUAUGAGACUGUACUUUACAAUCGUGUAGAAACAAUGUAUCCAAGAAGGAAAACAGGUUUGAUAUUAGGCUUUAAUGUUUGGAUCAUUUCGAUUGUAGGGUAAGGCACUAUAUAAACAUAUGCAUAUAUUCUAUCACUGCUGUGUCAUAUGUUAUAAAUCUACUUCUUGCAUAAUUAUGCAAUGAUAAUUAUAAUCCUGUUCUACAACCACAUUGAUCUUCGCAUUUUUUCAUAACUUUAAAUAUAUAUAUCUGUUCAAUAUUUUGUUUCGUGUUAUCUAAUAAAAACUAUAUUAGACAUUCAAGCAAAAUACUUAUACAUCAUUAAUUGUACAACCUCUUUACUUUUACCAUUACAGUCAAAAUUUCUAAAAUUAUUAAUCAAUAAUGAAUGAAAUUUCAAAAUAUUCUAGGAAGAUUCGUAUCUGUACUAGAAAAACAUAAGGAAUCAUAAUAAAACCGUAUUAUUAAUUAGAAAUUAA